AGAGCUUCAAUUUCUCCCUCGCAGGUAUUCUUCGCGAAACCCUAAACUCUCACUAAUUUCCCCUGGAUCUAAUUGGGGAUUUUUGAGUUUUGCCUCGAUUGUUUGUUAAAUUGUUAGCUUUUGUUUGUUAAGUUUAAAUGUUUUGGUUUCACUCAUGGAGGCAAAUCAAUUUUGAAAAAAACUUGAAAUUGUUGUUUGUGUUUGUGUUUGUGUGAUAUAAAGAAAAAAGCCCGAUCUUUUUUUUUGUUUGAUUAAAUUCUGUGUUUUGUUUGAAUCAGUUUCGUUGUGUUGAAAACUUUGUAAUCUGGGCUCUAGUUUUCUCAAGAGACAUGGAAUAAUCACAAUGUCAACGAAUCAGUUGGCUAAGCGAUUUCGGUUAGGUUAGUUUCCGGUUAACAAAAACUAAUCCGACCCGAUUAAGUCACUCCUAGGCCUUACCCGACCCGGCUCAUCGAUUAGUCACACGAAGCUUGACUUUACCAUUUCUUUCGAGUUUCUCUGUUGAGUAUCGAGAAUCGAGAAAAGAACUUUGCUCAAUCUUUGUUUCUCGUUUGGUAAUCUUCGUUUCUAAGAAUUGGAAUGGUCUUUUUCAUAGGAUUCAUGAUAGUUUUUGGCUGCAAUUUUGUAUCUUUCUUCUGAUUAUGUGAGGAAUUUGAUUUUGUUGUCGUUGUCGUUGUUUCGUCUUAGGGAUUUGCGAGAAUCAUUGAACAAUUUUUCAACUUUGACAAUUAAUAGCACGAAAUGAGCUUCAGAUUUAUGUGUUUGAGUAUUCAAAGAUAUAGCUUUUAUAUUUGCCUUUGUGGGUUUCAUGGAGCUGAAUCUGUAUACUUAUAGCUCAUUAGUAAAGUCUGUUGUUGUUUUCCCAUCAUUUGCUUCUGGUUUGACAUUGUGUUGAGUAGUAAGAUUAGAGCUUUCUUGCUUUACAUGAAGCAUUUCAUUUGUGGAAAGUGCUUCAAUCCAUUUGGGUUUCUCUCUGAUUUGGAAGAUAUGUCUGGUGAAAACUUUAUCUGGGUAUUGCUUCUUUUCAGUGAUUGAUCAAAGAUGGGAAGUCAGAAGAAUGUGAAACACCUCGAGGAAUGCACUGUUUCCAAUGCAUUGGGAACUUGGGUAUUCUCAGUCCUAGGCGCAUUGGUUGCAAUCCCGGUAGGCAUCAAACGCAAGUCUCUAGGUCCACUUGUGUUCUUCGGCACAACCGGAACAAUGCUCGACAUUAUCAUUGGUGUGAGUCAAUGCGAGAGAGAACACGCAGAACACCAAACGAAGUUACUCCAAGACUCUCAAAAUGCCACAACAACAACAACAACCACCAACACAGAGACUGAGGAUAGCUCUUCCAUGUCCUAAUCUUUUUUACAUCUUUCUCAUUGAUGUACUUUGAUGCUACUCACAAGUUAAACUUUUUUCAAGAUAUUGUGAUUAUUCCACUUCUCUUGAGAAAACAAAGAAAAAAGCUUUUGAUGAUUAA